CCUCCAACCACCCUCCCCUUGUUCUGCUCUGCUCUGCUGCAUUCUGAUCCCCGCUCCUCGCCCUGUCGCCCACCCGCACCUUCGCCUCUUCUCCUUCUCCAGCUCUGCUUCUUGCGAAGUUUUGUCCUUUCUCUCAUUCCUCCCUUCCCUUCCCGUCCCUCCUCUCCCCGUUACGCCUUCCAUUCGGUGCUCAGGGCGCGCGCUUGCGAUCCAUGAGCGGCGGCAUCCCCGCGGCGCGCGUCCUGCGCCGCCGCGUGGCCGGCGAGGACAUGGGCGACGACGGCGACGCGUUCUGGGCAGGCGCGCCCCGCCUCUACGACUUCUCCCAGCAGCAGCAGGAGCAGUCUCCGCGGCCGCCGUCGCCCCCCGCCGCGCGGCGUUCACCUCCGCCGGAGCCGAAACCGACGCCGUGCGGUCCGUGCCUCCUCACCCUGCAGGGCAGCUGCGCGGGGUGGGGCGUGAGGAAGCACAUCCAGUACUCCCGCCGGCGCCGGGCAGUCUGUGGUGCUCCUCCCCAGGCCGUCGUCGAGGAGAUGAAGCGGCGGGCGGCGGUGCAGUGUGGGGACGGGGACAAGGAUGAGGAGAGAUCGAGCGGCGCCAAGAAGCGGAAGCGGCUGGAGGAGAUGGGGAAGGACGAGGCGGCGGCGGUGGAGACCAGUCAGAAAGACAAUCGCGUGGUGGUCAGGACGGAGAAGACGAGGAGCAGGAAGAGGACGAGGAGUGGCCGUGGCCGCGACGCCGCCAGGCGCGCCAAGAAGGUCCCGCGGGUGUUGAAGGGGGAGGACGAGGAGUGGAAUGGUGGCAGGAAGAGGAAGCGACCGAAGGAGGAGGCGGCGGCGCCAGCGGCAGAAGAGAGCAGCCCAGAGAUGCUCGAGGUGGUCAAGAUGGAGAAGACGAGGAGUGGCCAUCGCCGUCGCCGCGACGCCGCCAAGCGCGAGGAAGAGAGCAAGACCGCCGCUCCCGCUCCCAAGCCCGGCUCACCGCGCGGCAAGGUCGACCGGUGGUCGGCCCGGCGGUACGCGGCUGCCGAGGUUGCGCUGCUCGACAUCCUGCGCGCGCGCGGCGCCAGAGAAGGCAAGCCCUUGCAGCGCGGCGAGCUGCGGGCGGAGGCGCGCCGGCACAUCGGUGACACCGGCCUCCUCGACCACCUCCUCAGGCACGUCACCGACAAGGUCCCGGCCGGCAGCACCGAGCGGUUACGCCGCCGGUACAACGCGGACGGCACCCUGGAGUACUGGCUGGAGCCGGCGGGGCUCGCGGCCGUGCGCCGGGAGGCCGGGGUGGAUGACCCGUACUGGGUGCCGCCGCCCGGGUGGAAGCCCGGAGACCCCGUAUCGCCGGAGGCCUGCGCGCUCGAGGUGAAGAAGAAGGUGGAGGAGCUUGCCGGGGAGCUCGCCGUCGUAAAAAGGCAUAUGAAGGAGCUCAGUUCCAAUCUGAUUCAAGUGAGCAAGGAAGCUUACAUUUCUUGGCAGGGGUAUGACUGUAUGAUGAAGGCCAAUGAAAACCUGGAAAAGGAGGUGCUGUCCUUGGAGGAGAAGUACGACAAUGCAACACAGGCAAAUGGCGAGCUGAGAGAGGAGCUGUUGUUCCUGAAGGAAAAAUGUGAGAGUAUGGUUGAGAAGAAUGCCAAACUGGAGGAGCAGAUGGUUGCCAUAUCCACUUGUUUCCAGUUCCUUCAGGAAGACUUGCUCUUGCAGAACCCUGGAGGUGGAGAACAACACAUGCUGUUGCUAGAACAAGCUGACCUCUGUGUCAAAGAGCCUUCCAAAGCUGACAUUGACAAGCAAGAAGCCAGUACCGGCAACGCGCUGGGCCAUGCUGCCGCCGGUGCAAGCAACGCCACCGCUAGCAGCAACGGUGGCGAUGGCGUCCGUGGCAGCGAGAAGAGGACGUCGAGGAAGUGCAGCGUGCGCAUCUGCAAGCCGCAGGGGACGUUCCAGUGGCUGAACACGGCUGUUGACACGGUCAACGGUGAAGCCUGCAGCCCCUCAGCGCUGCCAGAGCCGCUGACACCCGGCGGGGACCUGGUCGUCGCCAACUUUGACGCCGUGAUGUACAACCUCGCACCGCCGUCCGUGGAGGAGUACCUGGCGGUUGGCGGCCUCCCCACGCCGACGUCCGCGUCGUCCACCAACGCCGCCUCUGCGAAGCUCCCGCUGCUGCCCGCCCCGGCCUCGGCAGUCCAGGUCCAGCCGCCGCCACUGCCAUCCAGCACCGUGGCCUGGGAUGAUGACCUGCAGGCAGUGCAGCCUUACUUCGGCGGCCUCGACUUGCAGCUCCGGCACACGGACUCGUCUUCGUCGUCGGUGCCGUGCCUGCCGGAAGCCGGGAAGAAGGCGCUGAUGCUCGACGCCGGAAGCGGCAACGUGGGCACCGAACUGGCGCUGUCGAUGGCGACUCGCUCCUACUGAUCCAACGCUGACGAGCUCCGAGGAAUCGUCGGAUCGCUAGUGAAGUUUUGGCUCACCGUUAACUAGCUAGCAGUAACUGAUCUCCUAAGAAGAUAGCACACAGGUCCACAGAAUAUCUGCAGAAAGACACAAGAACAUCAAAGACGAAGAUAGAUUACCUUACCUUUCUUGGUUAAACUAGGCAUGCAUUUUCUCCGUUAAUUACCACUAGUUUCAGUUGGAACUUAAUCACAUGUGGGUUUGCAUCGCAUAUGAGCACCUUGCUGCUGCUGCUUAAUCUGUAGUUUCUACUAAUGCUUGGAAAAGGAAAAAUGAUCUGAUCUGACACUCCGUUUCGAGUUAAAUGCUCGCGAGCUAGGAUACAUGUGUUGAUGAUCUUGUGAAUUGCGUCUGCAAGAGCAAGUUAUUGUUAUCAGUUGAUU